UUUAUAGUUACGAUUCAGGUUAGAAGUUGGGCAAAAUCAAACCUCUUCUCCUCUUUCUUUUUCUUUGUGGACCAAGAAAACUUCUCGUUGAUCCUCCCUUGAUGUUCUUCUUCUUCUUACCAGUUUAAUUCAAAGUCAUUUAACUUUUAAAAAAUGGGUGACAUCAUCGGUCACAGUGAUAGGGAGAUACGGUUACCCUCUCAUGUUCUCCAAGAUCCCUUGUUUGAUCAUUCUAACAAACAUCAGUUGCAUAACUCCUUCAUCAACCACAACCACCAUGGCAGCGGGGGAUUCUGUCGACCCGGUGCACCACCUUCAAAUUCCUUCAGAGAAACUUUUCCUUGGCAAAACAAUUGGCAAAUGAGUAAAAGAGAGGACCAAAUGCAAGCAUUUUUCUUGGUUCCGCCGGCCCGUAAAGCUUCUGGCACCGGAGUUUUUCUUCCAGCCAGCGCUUGUCAUCUGCCAACCAAAAAAACAGCCUGUUCAACGGUGCUUCUCCCGGUGCGUGUAGUUCAAGCUCUCAAUCUCAACGUUCACAACAAGCGUAUUCAUGUUUCUCCCCGUUCAGAGAAUAAUUCGAAGAAGAAGAGCGAGAUGGUGGAAACACCUGCGAACAUUGAAGUCGAAACUCUGAUUGAUUCGCCGGAGAAUCUUCUCCCGGAGGAAUGGAUUUAUUGAUGGCCAAUGUUACUUAUUAAUGUGAAUGAAUAGAAUCAAAUAAAAAGAUAAUGAAAGAUUGUAAUGUGGAUUCUUGUGUCGUGUAUGCUUGCCAUUGGGUUAGUGUAAUAUACCCGAAUAAGAUCAACCCGUUUGUGACUUGUGCAUAUUCAUUUUGUUAAAAGGUCGAAUCAAGAAUGAAUUAGACUUUCUUCAUUUGA